UGUCGAGUUCUUUCUUUAGUUUAUGAAUUUACCGUCGUUAUGCCAAAAGUUUUCGCACUGCGACGUGAAUGGAUUUUGAUGGGCGGAAAGAAUGCGAAUUGCGCUGAUGCGCGCGGCGUCGCAGCAUGCUGUCCGAAACUGAAAAAGAAGAUGUGAUUGCCGAUGAAUCUCCUCCCCCCAGCAUCUUCCGCAUGAUGCUCUCCAAGCUUUGCCCAACGUCCAAGGAGUUAUUUGCUAGUUUUCUUCUGCUGCUUGCUGUUGUUUCUAUUCUGGAUGGCACGAGAUUGAAAACUAGGAAAGCCAGAGAACCGGAACUCUUCAUAGAAAAUUCUCUGAUUCAUAACUUUCCUCAUGGGAACUUGGAUGACGUAUUUAAAGUCGCCUCUGCAUCCGUGUUCUCCCUCAUUUGCUACUAUGCGCCAUGGGACUCGGCGAGUCAAGAAGUUCGAGGAGAAAUUGAAAUCGUGGCGCGACUUUUAUCCGAGAAAGUCACAUUCCUUGCAGUCAAUUGCUGGAACCCCGAAAGUUCAUGUCGGAGCCGAUUCUUGAAGAUCCCGUAUUAUCCAAUUAUAGUGAUGCAUGUGAGAGGCUACAAAGGAAUCGUUUACAAGGGUCCUCUGGAAGCGGGAUACAUAUCCAGAUUUGUGAUGGAAGCAACUAAGCGGGUGGUGAAGAUCGACGAUGUGGAAGAAGUGAAUUCUUUGCUCCAGCGCAAAGAUGCAGUAGUUUUGGGAUAUUUUAAUAUCACAAGUCCGAGUGUGGAUUCAAACUUGCCGAAAGCUUUCACUGUAUUCUAUUCCACCGCCUUGAAAGCCCUUGAGAGUGAUUUUGUCGGUGUUAUCAGCUUUGGAGUGAUUGUUGAUCCUAGUGUGGCGAAACAAGUGGGUCUGAAAAGCUUUGGCAUUGCAGUCCGCUCUUGGACGCAUUCGGAAGUUUAUCCGAAUUUUGAAAAUUUCACUGUUUCCUUGGACGUCGCCAAGUUCUUCGAUUGGAUUUCUCAAGCUACCACGCAUAGUGUGAAGUGGCUGACGUUAAAAGGAGCUGUUCCAUAUCGUGGUCAUGAGCUGUCAAAGCAGAUACAACGAGGACCAACGUUGGUUCUGUUCUCUCCGCGAAACAUGUGGAGGCCUGAUUCAAGUGAUCAUCAAUUGUUGAUGCAAAUCUCCGCCGAGUAUUUUGACUGCAGUGCGUCAGAGAAGACGUCUGAGUUUGUCAAACGUCUCACAGAAACCAGAAGAAAGUUGUCAUCAAGUCUUGCAUUGGACAAACGAAUGUGCGCGGAGACAUUGAGCAAGUCUUUCAUUGGAGAAACUAUUUCUCUGAACGACGGCUUUUGUUCUUCAACUCCUCCGAUUUUUCCUGAUGAUCUUCUUUGCGGCGUGGAAAACGCGUCUUUUCCGGCACCCAUCAGCUUUCAAGUGCGCUCAUAUGAUCGCUUACCAUCAGUUGGCAUUCGGGACAAACGUGUUCUCCUUGCGAUGGAGUUUGAAAAUAAACUUUCAUGCAGAUUGCUGAAGAAAUCUAGGAAUACGGAGGAAAACUUGACCAGCAUUCCGACGUCGACUGCCCUUGUGCGCGGUUUGGGUUGCUACACACUCCACGUCGGAGAAGAAGAGGCUCUUCGUCCACUGAGAUUCAUUGCAAUUGACACAAAUGUGCAUGCAGAAUUUGCGAACAUUUUUGGGGCAUCUAACGAUGAGUCUUUCGUUGUGAUUUUGGAUGCGAAAGAAGAGUCUCAUUACUUGCUUCCUGGGCCGAUUACGGAAAGCAAACUUGUCAAUCUGGUAGCCAAUUACAGUCACGGAACUAUUCCUCGCUCAAAAUUCACGGGUGGAAUCCGAUCUGAGUGUCUUGAUAGGGAAACAGAUUGCGUGGAUGUUAACGAGCUUGAUUCCUCAAAUUUUGAGGAAGUCGUGAACAACAGAAAACAGGACUUGGUGGUGUUGCUGUAUACUCCCUGGUGUGGAUUCUGUUCGUCUGCCAAUCAUAUCUUCUUGACUGUCGCUCAGCAGUUUAAGGAGUUCUCGAAAGAAGUAAAAUUCGUGCGUGUUGACAGCGAUGCGAACACACUUCCGUGGGAGUACGACGUACCUGCCUUUCCAACAGUGCUUUAUCUUCCAUUCGAUAGAUGGAAAGAUGGGAUGAUGUUCCCUUACAAUGUUCCCCUGGAGCUGGAGAGUCUUCUGAAAUUUGUGCUCGCGAAUGCGUCCACGCGAUUACAGUGGAAGUACUCGUUGUCCGACUGCGACGAAGCAUGUUUGGCCAAAGUGCGUGCGGGGGUUCGAGUGCGAAUCGGCUCUUUGUUGAGCAAGUAUAGAGCCGGUGUGCGUCACGGGGUUCGAUCGCGAUUGUGGCGCAAAGGUAUCUUGUCGACGCUUCAGCGAUACCGUGCCAUGUACUGGGCUUUCACUGACCCUGACCUUAUCUACCGAUUUACUCCGGUGUGAUUCCAACUCUGUGUGUCUGUGCCUGAGACUGUGACGGGAGUAUUGAGAUUUUGGUGGUGAAGCGAGGAUGAUCCGAUCGAUGCCCGGUUUGAUGUCUGGAAGUUGGAAUGUAGUAAAAUUUCUUUGCAACGAACUUUUGCAGCAUAACAAAAAAACGUUUUCUCAAGUCUCGGCAGAAAGCUGAAAGAGUAAAUGUAGAAACAAGUUCGUUCUAAGAAACUUCUUAAUUCCAGUACAUUUGAGGAAUAGAUUCUCCAGGUGGAAAUUUCCUGACCAAGGCAGGCACAGUCUGAAAUUUCCAGUCCCAAAUGUGACAGUUGUUGCGUCGAUGAAAGCUGUAAUUAAUGACAAACAUGGUUCCUAGUAGUUCCACGUAUCAUCCUCCGAGAAUGAAAAGAUUGCUGCAACUGUUUGAAUACGUGAUUAAGGCUUACUUUUUCAUAUCAUUCGGUUUUUCAAACAAUAAUAAAUAAUCUGAGAAUGCCACAAAAAGCAAGAUACGAUCAAGUGGAGGCAUGUCUGACGUGAAACAAUUUUUCCAGUCAUACAUUUUGAAAAUUUCGUUAUAACAUAUUACUUGGUAGAAAAAAGCGUUUUCUGAAGUCCCCAAAAGUUAGUUGCAAGGAGAUUUUACUGUUUUUUUUUCUCUAUGUACCAGACGAGCAAUGAGCGAAUGAUAUUGUGCGGUCACCCUUGCCUAAUUUUUUAGUUGCUUGAGAUAUUAGAGCACUUGGGUUCUUCUGCACGCGUUAAAUCUCUUCCCCGGGAGAAGUUGGGUAAAGCGGAGGCGAAAACCAUCUGAUGAUUGUUCAGUCGUAUUUAUUGAAUAAUUCUCAUCUCUUUUGGGGUUAGUUCGGGAUUCGAUUGAAACGUGUUUGUGCGGUGAUUGGAAUGAGGCCGUGAAUGAAAAUUCAAUUCGAGAACGUUACGUGUGAUUGUGGCUUUUUGCAUUCUGUUGCCAGAAAGAAGAUGAAGCACGUUCCUCACGUAAUUGUGACAAUAUUUGGUGUCAGUGCCGUCAGUGGUAUCUAAUAUAAAUAUUCAAAGAAGCCUCCUUUCCGGUGAUGAAUCAUGAUCAUAUUUCAGACGGUAUAUGCGAACUGCGAAAUCUAUUUAUAAUUUGUGAGUCAACGUUUUCCGAUCAUCCUUGGUGUGCCGUAGUUCACGUGAGAUUUUCCUCCCGAAACAACGAGAAUAUUGAGUGUUGACCAACUGGAGUUUUGUGUGUACCGCCUUUCCACGCUGUGAUAUCGGUUUCCAUCUCGCCUUCAUAAUAUUAUUAUUUUUUUGUUGCUGCGACCGGAAGUGGUGUGGUUAUUUUGGACACGUGUUGAAAAAAAAAGAAAAAGUUGUGAGACGUGAUA